AUGUUCGGCCGGAUCACCCACCUCGCUUUUGACGCUCUCUUGAUUGCUGCAUUUCUCGCUGGUAUACGGCGAACGACCGGUCUCACACCCGCGAUUGCCAAAGUGCCGAACAAAGAUAUCCGUCAGUUCUUGCGGUCUUACCUGGAGGCGGGAGAGUAUGCGUUUGACUUUGCCGUGGUGGUGAUGGGCGUACGUUAUCCCUCGAUUGCUUCACGGCUUCUCGAUUGA